GCGAAGACUAUCUAAAUUCUAAAUAAAACAGGAAAAACAUUACUGUAUCUAUCUAUAUCUAUUUAGGGUUUCGUUUCUAAUAACGAUAAUAAUAAUAAUUGUGAGUAGCGAUUAUAUCGAAACAAAAAAAUAAUGGAUCCAUUUGAGAUUACAAACUGGGAUCCGAUUGAUUACAAUAGUAUUAUUUUUAACGAUGUUGUAUCUAACGAGCUUUAUUGGCAAGACAACAGUGGCACAGGACAAAUUGAUGCUUCACUUGGUAACUUUGCACCCACGGAGGAGUGUGCGGAGAAAGUUUGUUCGCGAAAGAGAGGACGCAGUAACACAUGCAGCAGGUCUGAAAAUAAAGCAUGCCGCGAGAGGCAAAGGAGGGAAAAAUUGAAUGAGAGAUUUCUGGAAUUGAGCUCUACUUUGGAGCCUGACCGGCCAGCCACCACUGAUAAAUUGGCAAUACUUGAAAAUGCUAUCAGAGCUCUGAAUCAGCUAAAGACUGAAUCACAAGAUUGCAAAGAGAUGAACGAGAAACUAAUGGAAGAGAUUAAAACAUUGAAGGCAGAAAAGAACGAACUUCGUGAAGAAAAACUUUCUCUAAAGGCCGAAAAAGCAAAAAUGGAGCAGCAAGUGAAAGCAUUGAGCAACAAUCUUCCACCAUCUGGAUAUAUGGCACCGCAUCCUGCUGCAUACCAGGCUGGAGCCAAGAUGCCCAUUUUUCCAGGCUAUGGUUACAUGCCAAUGUGGCAUUAUCUACCACAAUCUACGCGUGAUACGUCUCAUGAUCACGAGCUUAGGCCACCUGCUGCUUAAAUGGUAAUAGGACAACCAAUGAGACUAUUUUUGCCUCAUUGUAGUUUGUACAUAGCAAUGCUCAAUUGCAUGCUUUCUUGUUUUUGCACUUUUGCUAUGUUGAUUUUUAGAGCACAAUUUAGAGUCGUUGUAGAAGGAAUUUGUUGGAUAGAAAUAAUACCUUCAUUUUAUCUUUUUGUCUCCAUAAACUAUUUUCUAUGUAUGCUUAGCUAAAGAUGUUCGUUUUGUUGAA